GACGUCACACAGACCACCAAUGUUCGUUCGUUGCAAAACCAUAUAAAACAAACUCUUUGGUUUUUCUCAAGGCCUCUCUCCAGUUCAUCAAUUAUAAGAUCAUCACUUGCGUAAUAACGAUGGUGGUCGAGGUGGAGAGCCGAGCCGCUGGAGUGACGGGAGGGAAGACAGCGGCGCGUGGCUGCGACGUGUGCAUGAAAAGAUCUUCACGUGCUAGUUGGUUUUGCCCAGCCGAUGAUGCUUUCCUAUGCCAAAGCUGCGACGCUUCGAUCCACUCGGCUAACAGUUUGGCGAAACGUCACGAACGUGUCCGGUUACAAUCACCCUCAUCUCCGGAGCUUCUGAUGAAGACAAAGGCGACUGACAAAACUACGUCGGUGUGGUACGAAGGGUUCAGGAGAAAGGCGAGAACGCCUAGGAGCAAGCUGUUGCAGAUUCAAGAUGUGAAUAAUUCUAACGAUCCUCUGGUUCCGGAGCUUGGUGUAGAAGAAGAAGAAGGGGUUUUCUCGUUUUCUUCUACAGACGAGAACGAAGAGAGUCUAAACUGUUGCGUACCGGUUUUUGAUCCUUUCUCAGACAUGGUGAUUGAUGAUAACAGCUUCGGUUUAGUUCCUGAUGGAGUCGAUAUCACCACUAGCAGCGGAGACUUGGGAGAGAUCGAGAAGGCAAUCAUGGACGACGAUGAAGGUUUAAUUGGGUUCUUGCCGUUCGAUAUGGAUCUUGGGGAAAUCUUUAUGGACGUGGAGAGCUUACUUGAGGAAGAACAUCCUUUCUUGCGAGUCAAGGAAUUAAACAGUAGUAGUGCACUCGUCAAAGAAGAGACUAACGUAGGGUUUGAGUUUGAUAGUAAGGAUUUGAAGAGGGUCAAAGAUGAGGAAGAAGAAGAAGUCAAGUGUGAACAUGGAGGAUCAGAUCAAGAAACAUGUGAGGAUGAAGAUAGAAAGGCGAGUUUGUUUCUGAGAUUAGAUUAUGAAGCUGUGAUUAGUGCUUGGGAUAAUCAUGGUUCACCGUGGGAAACCGGAAUCAAACCGGAGUUUAAUCUCGACUGUUGUUUGUUGGGAGGGAACAACACGUGUCCGUCACAUGUGAUGGGUGGGUUUGACGAGCUAGAGUCGGCCGUGGGAUCAGUGACACGCCAGCAAGGGAGAGACGGAGGAGGAUCAGAUGUGGAGAGAGAGGCGAGGGUGUUGAGGUAUAGAGAUAAACGGAGGACGAGGUUGUUCGCGAAGAAGAUAAGAUACGAGGUUCGCAAACUUAAUGCCGAGCAGAGACCUCGAAUCAAAGGUCGUUUCGUGAAGAGGACGUCACUUAAUUUUGACGUCUUGUAAUUUACUUUUAAUCAGCAAUGUAUGAUGAUAAUCAGUUAUACUUGUUAAUUGAGGUAACUGAAGUUACUGAACUAUAAUUGUAACUGAAAGAUCUUGGGGUCGAUGGUUGUAGCCGGCCCACUUAUGAUUUGAGAAGGAAAAAUUUGUGGGUUCAUCUUC